AUGACAAUGGCCACCAUGUUGACCAAGGAUUCCACUGAGAAUGCCAAGGUUCUCGUUGGAACAGAGGGAAAUACUUGGAUUUGGUCUCCUGGUGGCUGGGACCUGACGCACCCGGCAGACCCAACAUCCAACUUGGCAGACAACGGCGUCUACCUUGAUUGUGAACUGGUCAACAUUAAAAUCGACCCAAUCAAGACGGCGUUGGUCAUCAUCGAUAUGCAGAACAUGGGCUUACAUAAAGCACUCAAUCCCCCGUCCGCUGCCCCCAUGUAUGACGCCCAGGACGCGAUCCUCCAAUACGCCAUACCGGCUGCGCGCAAGCUUGGUCUCCAGAUUAUCUGGCUUAAUUGGGGCCUGACUGAAGAUGAUCUCGCCACCAUGCCACCGGCCGAAGUUCGCGUGUUUGCCUUUGAUGUCAACACGGAAAAGGUCGACUACGGCCUUGGAGACCAACAUGGCGACCCCAACGACCCCGCAAACUUUCUCAAGUGCGGCGAACGGCCGAAUCUCACCAAAUUGCCAGGCACGGACCUAGGAGAAAUUGUACUCGAGGAUGGCAGUCGGGUCAAUGCUGGCCGGGUCAUGAUGAGGGGAACAUGGAACACGGCCCUGCAUGGACCCUUGGCUGGCGCGUAUGAGGAGGGCAAGAAAGCGGCCCGUCCAGACGUCUGGAUUCACAAGAAUCGCAACUCUGGUCUCUGGAACGACAAGUCUGCUUUAGGCGAGUAUCUGAGGGAGAAAGGAAUCCGUACCCUCCUAUUUUCGGGUGUCAACACAGAUCAGUGCGUCGGCUCUACUCUACAAGACGCCCACGCUCAAGGCUUCGACACCAUUAUGUUGAAGGACGGUUGUGGAACAGAUAGCCUGCCGUAUGCAAAGGCAACGUACGAGUUCAACUGUGCCCGAUGCUGGGGCUUUUUAACCAGCUGCAAGGCCCUUGCGAAAGCAGCCAAGCUGGACUAUUAG